AUGUUAGUACAAGCUUUAUCGACGGUUGUAACAACGCAACCGUCAACGUCAUUUGCAUAUUAUGCUGGUAGAUUGGUUCAAAUAAAUGGUCUUGAAUAUAAUCGGGCCAGAACAAUGAAUGGAUGUAUAGAAGCAUUGGAGCGAAGUUCGUUACCAACUUUUCCAGACACAAGUGAUGGAUCAUUGUGGUGCAAUGCAACAUUCGAUACAGUUCUUUGCUGGCCAGCAACACCAGCUAAUAGUAGUAUUACUGUACGCUGUCCACCACUCAAAGGACUUGACCCCGAAAAAAAUAUUACAAAAUGGUGUCACAGCUCUGGUCAUUGGAUGGGCCGAGUAGAAGACGAUUUUUCACGCCCUCACGGCUGGACAAACUUCACUAUGUGCUUUACACAAGAAGUUAUCGACAUGAUGACAAAGCUUACUAAUGGAUCUCUUGUUAUAGCUCAAGAAAUAGCAAGGAAUGCUCGAAAAUUAGAAUUCGUUGGUCUUGGCUUGUCACUCAUUUCUUUGCUCAUAUCAAUUACCAUUUUUUCCUAUUUUAGGAGACUGCGAGUGUUUAGGAAUUUAUUACAUUUACAGUUAAUGAUUGCCAUAUUGAUGGUCGUUGUUAUUCGCCUUACAUUAUACAUCGAUCUCAUAUUUACAGAUCGUCUUGGACCGCACCAUCUUAAUAAUAAUGAUGGAAAAACAAUUAAUACAAUGGUAUUUUUAUGUGAAGCAAUGUUUUUCAUAUUAGAAUACUUUAAAACAGUUGCAUUCUGUUGGAUGUUCCUUGAAGGAUUUUAUUUGCAUAAUCAACUUGUAUUUACUGUAUUUGCAAGCGAACCACGACUUGAACGAUAUCUCUUAGCUGGAUAUGGUUUGAUAGGUUUUCCAUUGGCACACACAUUUUUGUGGCUAGCAGUGAUAUUAGUGAAAAAACAAGGGAAAGUAGAUCGUUGUCUUGGAUCUUAUUACUUGGAGCCAGAAUUCUGGUUAUUAGAUGGCCCAAGAAUGAUUCAAUUAGUUGUUAACUUAUUUUUCAUAUGCAAUGUAAUUCGUGUCCUUUGGACAAAAGUUAGCGAAUCUCACAACACAAGUGAACUUGAUAGAAUGAAGAAAAGUGUUAAAGCAGCACUUAUGCUAAUUCCACUUUUAGGUAUUCCUAAUAUUAUGCAAACCAUACCAUUCUCUCCAACCAAAGAUAAUAUUGUAUAUUUUGCAAUAUGGACUUAUUGUGCAUCAUUCACUUAUAUGUACCAGGGCUUUAUGAUAUCUAUCAUUUAUUGUUUUACAAACAAAGAGGUUAGAAGGAUAUUAAGGAAUCACUACAGCAGAUUCAAAUUACAACAUUCAAAUAUAAGAAGUUUGCACUGUGCUAAUCGUGUAAACGCAUUGCGCAACGGUAAUUCCAUGGAGCAACCAAGAAGGAAAUCCUCUAAACAUGAUGCUGCAAAGCAGAAGUGCUCUGUCAAAAAUUACUUUGAUGAAAGUGCAGCACCUUUAGUUUCUUUCAAGCAGGUCAAAGUUCACCCAUUUACUUUUUUUUUAAAUCUUUCCAUUUUUCUUGCAAAUCCCUGUUAA